AAGGUGUAGCCUUGUCUUGGUGUCUUGGGUAGGGGUCGCGGGGGAUGAGGGAACGGUACCUGUGCAGGGAGGGUUGCUGCAGACAGAGCUACGGAAGGGAACAAGUCUGGGCCCGUGUGUAUGCUAAAGAACCAGAGUACGACUGAAAGAGAGUUGGAAGGGAGGGAGCCGCCCUCCCCUGGUGCCAAAGCUGGCAAGGGGGAAACGGAAAAUUCUCUGCCAGCCUGUGUAUCUAGUAUAAUGGGUGCUUCCUACUGCUCAGUUAGUGAACAGCCCCUGGGAGCAAGGGGAGGCGUUAAAGAAAAACAGGUGAACAGUAGAUACUGAACUGCAUCUGGCUCUGGGCUCGAGCAUGCGACAUGGAGCGGAGUAAAAGAUUAAGUGCUAAUAAACAGAUUUUCAAGUGGGCAGAAGAUUUGCAUUGGUAGGCAUGAAGGUGUGCAAGUAAUGUGCACAUCUGGUGCAUCUGAGAGGUACCACGUGGGUGUUGUCCACUGAGAAGAAUUUAGAUAGUUCCAUGCCAGAGAAAGCUUCUCAGAGAUAUGCGUCUGUAUUUUACAGAAUCAGAGACAGGACUGAGAUAAAGGGACUACAUAAGAGGAAGCAGUGAAUCCUUGUUGAAGCAUCAGACAGCAGGAGCUGUUUGAAGUGGACUUGAUGCUUGUGAAUUGUGGAGGCUGACAACCUUUCUUUCCCAAGGAAGUGCUGCCUUAGUAUCAGAAAGUUUCAGGAGCUGCUGGCCAGACACUGCUGGAUGCUAACAGGGGAAAGCUGCCUCGGAGACAAGUGGCCAGAGAUGUUUGGACACAUCGUCAUGUUGUAUCUGCAAGCCCUUAGUUAAGGGGAAGUUACCUGGAGUGGACUGGCAUCUGAGUGAGUGUUCUUGCUUCAUGAGGCUUCACGUUUGAGCCCAGGCUGGUAAGUGCUCAGAUUCUUGUGGGUUAGAGGAAUUACAGUGGUUCGAGCUUGGGAGAUCUGCGUGUGUGUGGCAGGAGUUGACAGAGAAGUCCCUCAGAUCACCUGGUGAAUGGGGUGCUGAUAAACUUGCUUCUAGCCAGGAUUUCAGCAUUCCUCUUUGGAGAGGAGAAGCGUCUUCCUGGAAGGGCAGACUUAGCUGUUUUGUUUGGGGAUACAGUGGAAUGUACAUUCGGUAUGCUGGAUGUUAUUUAUUUUUUUAAAGUAUCAGAGAUCCCUUCACCUACUUCAGUGCUUUUAGGAGAAGAGACCUUGAGGGAAUGACUGCAGCAAAGGUGAGUUUUACAGGGUUUUGACAGAGAAGCUUUACAGGUUAGUUCUUAGAAGUUGCUUAUGUCUGUGGAAAGGACAUAAGAAGCUUUUGUGAACCUGUGUUUUUCAGCAGGGUGGAAGACAGCUUGCAAAUGUUCCUGUGAGGCGUAAAGCCUGCUGUGGCUUGGAGCCCUGCUGUGCUACUUGCAGACACAGAACACAUGCCAGUCCUCUCAGGGGGCUCAGUCUAGGUGUUGAAGAAGACACGGCGAGGCAAGAGCAGAUGAGAACUGGAGAGGAUUCUUGGGGCUCCAUUUAGACACUUGACUUGUAAAACUUCACAGGCCGAAAUGCAAAGCAGGCGAAGUCUGUCGGGUCACUGACCUGGUGGUACCCACUGGUCUAUAGGGAGGGUCACAAUGGCCUGAAAGGAGCACAGGUGGGAGUCAAAUGGUCUUGCCUGUAGAAGAGGGCAGGGGGUGGUCUGAGUUGAGGCGGGUCCUGCACUUGGAGCGCUGCACUUCAGGCAUUGAGGACUGCAGAGAUGCUAGUCUGUGAUCAGUGUUAGGAUCCAGUAAGGGAAAGGGGUAUAAGAAGUGGGCACUUAUCCCAAAUAUAGAUGGACCACGAAUAAAGUAUGUGUUGUGGUCAGGGGGAAAUCUGGUAUCAGGCCCUGCAGGGAGUGCUUGGCAUCUCUGAGGCUUCUUGACCCUGCCUGGGGAAGUUUCUCUGCCCUCCACUGCAGUCUCGAGGUGGUAGGAGGAAGAAGAUUCUUCUAUGCCUACAGAUACCUGCUUUCCUUCUGCCCCAUUUUUGCUCCUGUACUGCACCUGCCCGUAAGGAAUCCUCCUGCCCCUCACGACUAGGAUGAAGGGGCAGCAACUAAUAUGGUCUUUUUCUUAGCAGUACUGCUACAUAUUGCAACAUCUGACGUUGGGUCCCAACAUUAGUGGCGUUGCUCCCUCAUUUGACGCCAUCUGUGACUUUGGGGUCUUCUCUCUGUUUUCUGGCAGAAUGAGCAGUUCUAAAGGUGUAGUACCUCCUUCUGACAAGCCUCCGGGGCUCUGCCCCACUUAGGUUCCAGUGUAAGCUAAAAACUUGUGGGGUUUAAGCAGUUUAAUGACUGGAGUCUCCUCCCACGUAGUCCCUGUUGACAGUGACAGCACAUGAUCAAUACCUCCUGCCCCAGCCGUCACUGCUGCCUGUAAGGCUUGUAGUUUCCAUAUUGGAAAAGGCCUUUCCUAAAGAGCCUAAUCAAUAUGCUGCUCUGAGGCCUGUUCUCGUUUGCUAUAUAUAAUCUGGACACACACAAACUACGUGAGUGAGCAUGUGCAGAGGGGGGGAGAGGAUGUGCCAGCCCUCUGCUCUCACCGGCUGGGAGAAGGGCACAGCUAUCUCUUACUCCGCUCCCCUCUCCUGCAGCUGCUGCUCAAGGCCUGUGGCCACCUCCUUCCCUUACUCUAUUAGUACCCUGCAUGGCGACCUGCCCUAGGACUUCAGGGGAGCUGAUUUCCUGCUGGGUAGCUUCUGGGGUUUGAUGGAGCACCUGCGACUCUCUCCUCUGUGCCCUUUCUGCUGUUGGUAGGUAACCUGCUGUCGGAGCCACAUAGGUGGGAGGAUGUCAAGCACAGCUCCGUCCAAGAAGCCUUACCGCAAGGCACCCCCGCAGCAUCGCGAGAUCCGCCACGAUGUACCCAUCCUUCGUGACGACCAGGAUGGUGUGAUCUUGGCUGAGCAGAGUCAGGAUUCCUUGACGGAUGCAGAAAGGAUGAAGCUACUGCAGCAUGAGAAUGAGGAACUGCGCCGACGGCUGACCUAUGUGACUAACAAAAUGGAGGCGAUGGAGAGGGAGCUGGAGUCGGGUCAGGACUACCUGGAGAUGGAGCUGGGCCAGAACCGUGAGGAGCUGGAGAAAUUCAAGGACAAAUUCCGUAGGUUGCAAAACAGCUACACUGCUUCCCAGAGAACCAACCAAGACCUGGAGGAGAAGCUGCAUGCCUUGGCCUCUCUCAGCCAAAGCUGGAUUUUUGCAAUAAAAAAGGCAGAGAUGGACCGCAAGACGCUGGACUGGGAGAUUGUAGAGCUCACUAAUAAGCUGCUCGAUGCCAAAACCACCAUCAAUAAGCUGGAGGAGCUCAAUGUAAGUGAGCGGUAUCGGCAGGACUGUAACCUUGCAGUACAGCUGCUCAAGUGUAACAAGUCCCACUUCAGGAACCACAAGUUUGCUGAUCUUCCCUAUGAGCUGCAGGACAUGGUCAAUAAGCAUUUGCACAGCACUCAGGAGUCUGCAGGCCCUGGUCAAGAGGCAGCCCACACCUUGGCCCCAUCUGAUGUUGUGCCCACCUCAGUCAUUGCCAGAGUCUUGGAGAAACCAGAAUCUCUGGUUCUGAAUUCAGCCAAGUCUAGCAGUGGCAGCUGUCCCAUGGCUGAGGAUGUCUUUGUGCACGUCGACAUGAGUGGAGCCGCUCCUGAUGCCUGCAGCAGUGUGGGGCCGAUGGGGAAAGAAGGAGGCGAUAUGGGCAAGCAGCAGAACGGUGGCUGCAAGCCACAGAGCAGCAUGGAGAGCGUGCCAGAGGAGGUGCCUGCCUUUGAGAAGCUAAGCCCGUACCCUACACCCUCCCCUCCCCAUCCUAUGUUCCCUGGGCGCAAAGUGAUUGAAUUCUCCGAGGACAAAGUAAGGAUCCCAAAGAACAGCCCCCUGCCCAACUGUACAUAUGCUACACGCCAGGCUAUCUCCCUCAGCCUGGUGCAGAGCGAAGAUGAGAGCUGCGAUAGGCACCGGACGCUCCCCAGCAGCCCUGCUUCCGAAGGGCAUCGUUCAGCCUCCAGCUGUUCCUGUCAGCAGUCCCCCAAAGUGGCCAGGGCUCACGGCUCUUCCCAGAGCAGCCCGUUCAGCAGCCCACCCCAAAUUCCCAGCGCCUUUGCCAGCUCUGCCAGCUCUGAAGAGGACCUGCUGGCCAACUGGCAGCGCAUGUUUGUGGACAAGGCACCCCCCACCUCGGAGCGUGUGCUGAUGAACCGUACGGCCUUCAGCCGUGACACGGCCCCUGAGCUGCAGAAGAGGUUCAGCCGCUCCAUGCAGGAGUUGGGCAGGGCAGCCUCGGCUUACUCGGAUGGCGAGGAGUCUGCGCAGAGCUGCAGCUGGACAGUGAGCCGGGACUCAAGCAUGGACACAGACAGCACUGAGUCCAGGGCCCGGAGGAGCCAUUUUUCCUCAGACUAUGGUACUGAUUUCUCCCAGGAUGAAGCCCAGAAGUUGCUGCAGGGAAAUGGUGGAGGCACUGCUGAGCCUGGCAGCCCCCUACCAGAGAAGCACAAGGACUAUGUGGACCUUGGCCUGCCUGAGAGCCCUGCUGAGGAGAGAGAAACGUUGCUCCAGGGAAGCAAGGAGAGCAACCACGGAUGUGCCCAAGAGGAGAGCGGAGAAGGCAGGGUCAAGCUUCCUGCCAGUCGGCCACACCGCAGCCCCAAGAGGAUGGGGGUCCAUCACUUGCAUCGCAAGGACAGUCUGACGCAAGCCCAGGAGCAGGGGAACCUUCUCAGCUGAGGCAGGGGAAGACACAGCCACAUGCUGCAGAGCUGUGGGAUGCAUCCAUCUCCCCGCCUCUUGAGGGAGCAACCUCCCUCAGCACCCUCCUACCUAGGGGGACUCCGGGCUCUGCUCUGGAAUUUUUAUUUAUUCUUUUUUGAUACAUGGAAGAGCUGGCGUCCUCCUUCCCCAGCACCUCAGACCCACAGUACUAGCACACGCAGUGUGCAGAAGCACACCCACUGCCCUGGCACACUCACAGCUCUGUUCACAGCCUCACACUGGUGCCUGUACCUGACCUCGCUCUUGGUACCCCCUUGUCCUGGUGCCUGUGCCUCCUUGUGCUCUGAUCUUUCCUUUCUCCCUUCCCACUCAGGUACCUAAGGCCCUGGACUCUCUUUUAUGCUGGUGCCCGCAGCUGCUCUGUUCUCUUUUAACUUGUGCCAACAGGGCAGAGUGCCUGUGCGGUGGUGUCUGAUUCCCUGGGAGCCCCCAGGGGCCAUGAGCGAGGCAUGAGGACUCUGCCCCUGGAUGGCUUGGGCCCCGGGGAUGCGCGGGGUUUGCUGGUGUCUUAAUUUCCUGCUGGGUUUUGUUUUCUCCAGCUGCCCUCUGAGCAGGUGAUGCUGAAGGGUGGUUCUCCAGAAUCUGCCUCUGCAGGUCCCUCUGCCCGGCUCACGUGCUGGGCUCAGCACUCAGCCCCCGCAGGGGCAACGCGCAGAUCCCUGUGCUGUGGCGUUGGGAACUGGUGCUAUCUCCACUGAGGUGGUUUGGGGAGGCCGGCCUGCACCCUUCCUGGGGUAGAAACGUCACCUGUUGGGUGCUGGGGUUUGUGUUUGCCUGCCUCCUCCCUCACACCUCUUCCCCCGUUCUCCAUGCUGUUGUUUUGUUUGAAUGGUGCUGAUUCUUUGCUCUUGGGUGGGCUGCUUUCUUCUUUCCAAACCUUUGGUUUUGGGGUGUAUUUUUUUUGUUCUGUUUUGUUUUCCCCGCCCUGCAUAAACAGGCACAGCGGUUGGCAGCCAGUCUGUUGCCUGUGUUCAGGGUGUGUUGAGGAGGAUGUGCUCUGAGCUGCGCUCCCUCUGAUCCUGGCUUCCAGCCUGCAGCAAAUCCCUCCAGACUCGGGAAUAAGAUUUCACCCCAGGUGAGCAAGGAGUGAAGGACACUGCUGGGCUUUUCUGGGCAGGGCUCCCUGCGGGGCUGGCAGGGGAGCGAGGGCAAAGUGCUGAGGAGCUGCUCCCUGCAGACGCACUACCUCACGGCUCGGCAGCAGCCCUUUGCCUGGGUCUCUUUACAUGUCCCCAU